ACCAUGGAUCAUCAAGAAGACUCCAUCUACUCCUACUACCUCCCCACAGACUCCGAUCUAGACCUCAGCUUCACCUCCGCCACCACCGCCACCACCCUCUCCGCCCGCACGAGCUUAGCCCGCAGCAGCCUCACCCUCAGCUUCAACGACCGCCUCUCCACCGCCUCCACCACCACCACCACCAACUCCCAUCCCCGCCCCCACCGCCGCCACGACAACCCGAACUGGGCCGCCGUCGACGCCGCCACCACCCUCUCCUCCGACGGCGCCCUCCACCUCCGCCACCUGAAGCUCCUCCGCCUCGUCGGCGCCGGCAACCUCGGGCGCGUCUUCCUCUGCCGCCUCCGCGACUACGACCACGCCAACUUCGCCCUCAAGGUCGUCGACCGCGACUCCCUCAGCUCGAAGAAAAUCUCCCACAUCCAAACCGAGGCGCAGAUCCUCUCCUCCCUCGACCACCCCUUUCUCCCCACGCUCUACGCCCACAUCGAGGUCUCGCACUACAUUUGCCUUCUCAUGGACUACUGCCCCAACGGAGACCUCCACGCCUUGCUCCGGAAACAGCCCUACAACCGGCUACCGGUUCACGCGGUCAGAUUCUUCGCGGCGGAGGUUCUGGUCGCGCUCGAGUACCUCCACGCGCAGGGGAUCGUCUACCGCGAUCUCAAACCGGAGAACAUCUUAAUCCGCGAAGACGGACACAUCAUGCUCUCGGAUUUCGAUCUGUGCUUCAACUCCGAAAUCUCACCCAAAUUGGAAAGCAAGAAACACAUCAAGACCGGAUCCAGGAGGUACGCCUGCGUCACCGAAUUCAUAGCCGAGCCAACGACGGCGUUCUCGAAGUCGUGCGUGGGGACGCACGAGUAUCUCGCGCCGGAGCUCGUCAGCGGCAACGGCCACGGCAACGGCGUAGACUGGUGGGCUUUCGGCGUUUUGAUAUACGAGCUCUUGCACGGAACGACGCCGUUUAAGGGAUCCACCAAGGAGUCCACCCUACGCAAUAUUGCGUCGACUAGAGGGGUCAAAUUCCACGAGGCAGAAGGGGAGCCCGGGAUGGCUGAGGCCAGAGAUUUGAUCGUCAAGUUGUUGGUGAAGGACCCGAGGAGGAGGCUAGGCUGCGCCAGGGGUGCAACGGAUAUUAAACGGCACCCGUUUUUCGACGGAAUUAAGUGGCCCUUGAUCCGGACGUAUCGGCCGCCGGAGAUUCGCGGGCUGACCGUGAAACGGACGAAGAGCAAGGCCAACGUGAGCGGAGCUAUGUCACCGAGGCGGCGGCGGUGCUUGUGGAAGAAGCUGAGAAAUUUGAUGAGGAUUAAGAGGUCUAAACACAGAUUAAAUUGCAAUUCCAACUAUUACUCAUAUGUUGAUUACGACAUUAGCCAAGGUUUAGGUGGUGUUUAAGUUGUCAUUAUUUUUGGUUUUAGAUGAAUUUAUUAUCUUGUACAAUUUGUCUGGAGUUAGGUCGCCAGAAUAUACAUCAAUUUUGGAGAGGCUGUAAAUCACAAAGGAAAAGGGGGCAUGGAAAUACAGAGCUUGCUUGUACAUUGUUCAUUAAUUACUUUUAUGUUUAUUCUUGGAAAUUCAUUAAAUUCUUCUGCGA